AUGGACGAGUGUCACGUUGACACUGGGAAGAUGAGCUGGUUUGGAGUGAAGCUCUUCAUCCUGCUGAUGGCCUUUCCAGCUAACGUGGGGUUAAUGUGGAUCCUGCUGGACAGGAAGCGGGUCAUGACACCGCCUGAGGUGUUGGGUUUCAACGUGUCCGUCAUGGACAUCCUGUACUGUCUCUGUCUGCCUCUUGACCUCCACACGACUCUCCAUGAGACCUCUGAGACCGUCCACAGAGUCCGUGAAGCCCUGUUCGCUCUGAACGUCUUCAGCUGCCCACUGCUGUUGACCUUCAUGUGUUUGGAGCGGUACAUGGCGGCUGCUCGGCCCGUCGCCUACAUCAAACUGGGGCGAUGGGUGUACCAUAUGGUUCUGUGCUCUUGUGCCUGGGUUCUGACCUUCGCCAUGGGCCUGAUAGGAUACUUCCUUGGGGUGUUCACCAUGGCACUGUACCUGUCCAUCACCAUCUCUGCGCUGUUCCUGGUCAUGCUGCUGUGUCUGCUAGGGAUCGUCUGGGUGUUGAGUGAGAGUAGACCGGGCCAAGGUUCUGGGUUGAAUGUGCCGCUAAAGAGAAGAGCUCUGAAGAAUAUCGUGGCUGUGGUGGUCCCGUCGGCCAUGGCGUACUCUCCGGUGGUGGCUCUGAUUCCGUAUGUGGUUGUGAUCACCUCGGACCCAUCACAGGCCAUCAGUCCUGCACAGUGCUCCGUCCUGAACUUUCUGCUUGUGUUUCCAAACUUCGGACUGUUCAUUGGCCCGAUAUUCUACCUGACCCGGUUCAGACAGCUCAUCAGCUCGACAGCUGCUGGACCAAACACAAGCGAACCCCAAACUCCAGAACCCAUGUGGAGUAGAUCCAACUGUGACUCCUCUGGACCUCCAGACAGUCGCAGAUGGUUUGAUCGUGUUCUGUAA